AUGCCUUUCGACUCCCGAAUCUUUGAUCGCAUGAGGCAGCCGAGGAUGGGACCAACGCACACGAAUCCGAGGGCGCAAAACGUACAGCAUGAUGAGAAAAACCAGAACAGCGACAACAGUGUGACAGACAUACAGCGUGAUGAGAAAAACCAGAACAGCGACAACAGUGUGACAGACAUACAGCGUGAUGAGAAAAACCAGAACAGCGACAACAGUGUGACAGACGUACAGCGUGAUGAGAAAAACCAGAACAGCGACAACAGUGUGACAGACGUACAGCGUGAUGAGAAAAACCAGAACAGCGACAACAGUGUGACAGACAUACAGCAUGAUGAGAAAAACCAGAACAGCGACAACAGUGUGACAGACAUACAGCGUGAUGAGAAAAACCAGAACAGCGACAACAGUGUGACAGACAUACAGCAUGAUGAGAAAAACCAGAACAGCGACAACAGUGUGACAGACAUACAGCGUGAUGAGAAAAACCAGAACAGCGACAACAGUGUGACAGACAUACAGCAUGAUGAGAAAAACCAGAACAGCGACAACAGUGUGACAGACAUACAGCGUGAUGAGAAAAACCAGAACAGCGACAACAGUGUGACAGACAUACAGCGUGAUGAGAAAAACCAGAACAGCGACAACAGUGUGACAGACAUACAGCAUGAUGAGAAAAACCAGAACAGCGACAACAGUGUGAUAACUGGCUAG